CUGUCGACGCGUGUGGAACAGCGUCGCAUCACUUGCACAUACUGUGUAUACUGUAUAUCCAACGUUAAUACACAAAACCCAAAAUGGAGACAGUCGAACAGCUUGACGACGAAAUUGGUGACCUUCACGCUCGCCUAGCGACACUACAAGCCCAACGCGCGAACCUGUCGUCAGUCCUGGUGUCGCAACCCCACCUCGCAGCUCGUCUUCAGAACGGAAAUGAACGCAGCAAAUCUUCCGACAAUGCUCAGCAGAUCAUCACGCAACAAUCAAAGCGCAAUCUUGAAAACGUAUAUCGUGCAUGCGCUGGCGUAACUGCCUACAGAGUCGAAGAUCCGGACCCACAUGCAGCCAAUGAUGGCAACGUCCUCGGCGUUAGCAUUGAUGUUUCUGUCACCGAGAGAUUCAUUGAGACGUACCAUGUUCUGCUGAGCGUCCGAGAGAAGGGAGAAAAGAAACUUCUAAGCAUCCACAAGCACACCAUUCCUCCAUGCAUACCACUCCAACAGUUGGCUGCCAAAUGGCUACCGGGAAGCGGAAAAGAUGAGGAACAUGAUCCAGAGCAGGACUUGGUACGCUUCGGGCGUCUACUGCGGAAAGAGCUUGUGAGCUGGAACAUGCGAUUUGAUGCUGUAAGAAAGUUGAGGAAAGAGGCAGGGCUCAUCAAGCAAAGACGGGACAGUGAGGACUUGGCAACUGCACCAACCAGCAACGUCCUGAACGCGUUUGUGAGCGACGAUGAUGCCAGUUCUGAUAUUGAGGUAUCUGAAGACGGGGAUGGAGCCGCACGUAUUCUGGACAUCGAGGCCGAUGCUGCGGUCAGACAGAUCACCAUCACAUGGUCCGACAGGCGGACAGCGGCUAUGAGCAUCACCAAAGAUGGCCGGAUCGAAAAAGCGGUGUGUAGAAAAAGAGACGGCACUCGAGAUGUAGUGCUGGGCAAGAAAGCCAUAGGACCUAUCGGUAGCCUGAUGCAAAGGCUGAUGGUUUAGGCAGAGCAAAAGUAGUCUAAGAGCUGCACAACAUCGGGUACAGUAGGCGAAAUUACGCGAAAACCGAAUCACUCUGAAGUCAGGUGUAUAAGGAGUCAGGUGUCCUUGUAAUGCCCCACAGACAUCUCUAUGGUGUCCUUCGACAGAACACGUCUCUCAUCAGUUGUCCAGUCGAUAUCGUGAUGCCUGUUUCAGUAGCAUCCACCAGAAUACACGCCGGCUAGACUGGCCGAUGCAGACAGAUGAAGGAGACAGCAGAGUAGAGAUAACAGAGUGGAGUGGAAUAUCAUCGCGAUGCAACGUAACCGACCAUCUGCGAUAUCAGUGAGCGAGAGACAUACAGAAUGAAAUACACCAAAGCUCGAUACAAAGCCCAAGCAAGCAGUAUACAUUCACGAUAGCGAGAUAAGGUUGGGC